ACAACUCCAGACGGUUCAAACGGGGAAACUUCAGCGUGAAGUGCAGCUCUGCUCUGUCUCUCUGUUGCUUUCUUUUCCUUUCCCGGAACUGGAGGCGCGGAUCUUCCUCGCUCCGCUGCCGUAGUUUCUUCUGCAGCUCGCCUAAGCUUUCCAGGGUGCGGGAACCUGCUGAGCGGUGCCCUCCAGCCUCGUAAUGGGGGAAGGCGAGGCGCCGUCGGACUGACGAAGCAGCGCGAGGGUGGCAUUGCCCCGGGACCGGCGGUCGGAGCGCGCAGGCGGUUCCCAGCGCAGGCUCUGCCGCUGCAGCAGCUGCGUGCGCGCCACGCCACUGAGCUUCUUGCAGCAAUGGCUCGUCGGUGAAACGAGAGCCGGGUCUGGCUCCUUUUAGGAUUGUUUGCAUCCUUCAUUUGGGCUCCACAACUGUCCUGGAUGAAAAUGGCUGUCUAGACUAAAAUGUAGGAGAAGGGACCAAGCAGUGGAUAUCCAGCCUGUUAAGCCCAACUCAGAAGCUCUGAGACCUGAAGGAGGAAGAGCCCGGCUCUGAAAAGUGCAGUCAUGAAUUCUGGAGUUGCCAUGAAAUAUGGAAACGACUCCUCGGCCGAGCUGAGUGAGCUCCAUUUGGCAGCCCUGGCAUCACUAAAGGGAGACAUAGUGGAGCUUAAUAAGCGUCUGCAGCAGACGGAGCGGGAACGGGACCUUCUGGAAAAGAAAUUGGCCAAGGCACAGUGUGAGCAGUCCCACCUCAUGAGAGAGCAUGAGGAUGUCCAGGAGCGAACGACACUUCGGUACGAGGAACGCAUCACGGAACUCCACAGCAUCAUCGCAGAGCUCAAUAAGAAGAUAGACCGUUUGCAAGGCACCACCAUCAGGGAGGAAGAUGAAUACUCAGAACUGCGGUCGGAGCUCAGCCAGAGCCAACACGAGGUCAAUGAGGACUCUCGAAGCAUGGACCAAGACCAGACCUCUGUCUCCAUCCCCGAAAACCAGUCCACCAUGGUCACUGCUGACAUGGAUAACUGCAGCGAUCUGAACUCAGAACUGCAGAGGGUCUUGACGGGGUUGGAGAGUGUCGUCUGCGGCAGGAAGAAGAGCAGCUGCAGCCUCUCCGUGGCUGAGGUGGACAGGCACAUCGAGCAGCUGACCACGGCCAGUGAACACUGUGACUUGGCUAUUAAGACAGUUGAGGAGAUUGAGGGGGUGCUCGGCCGGGACCUGUACCCCAACCUAGCUGAAGAGCGUUCUCGGUGGGAGAAGGAGCUGGCUGGGCUGAGGGAAGAGAACGAGAGCCUGACUGCCAUGCUGUGCAGCAAAGAGGAGGAGCUGAACAGGACCAAGGCCACCAUGAAUGCCAUCCGGGAGGAGCGGGACCGCCUCCGGAGGAGGGUUCGAGAGCUUCAAACUCGACUACAGAGCGUGCAGGCCACAGGUCCCUCCAGCCCUGGCCGCCUCACUUCUGCCAACCGCCCAAUUAACCCCAGCACCGGAGAGCUGAGCACGAGCAGCAGCAGCAAUGACAUUCCCAUCGCCAAGAUUGCUGAGAGGGUGAAGCUAUCAAAGACAAGGUCCGAAUCUUCAUCGUCCGAUCGGCCAGUCCUGGGCUCAGAAAUCACUAGCAUAGGGGUAUCCAGCAGCGUGGCAGAACACCUGGCCCACUCCCUUCAGGACUGCUCCAACAUCCAGGAGAUCUUCCAAACACUCUAUUCACACGGAUCUGCCAUCUCAGAAAGCAAAAUUAGAGAGUUUGAGGUGGAAACGGAACGGUUGAAUAGCCGGAUCGAACACCUCAAAUCCCAAAAUGACCUCCUAACCAUAACCCUGGAGGAAUGCAAGAGCAACGCUGAGCGGAUGAGCAUGCUGGUGGGAAAAUACGAAUCCAAUGCCACAGCACUGAGGCUGGCCUUACAGUACAGCGAGCAGUGCAUAGAAGCCUAUGAACUCCUCUUGGCGCUGGCCGACAGCGAGCAGAGCCUCAUCCUGGGGCAGUUCCGAGCAGCUGGUGUGGGGUCCUCUGCUGGGGACCAGUCAGGGGAUGAAAACAUCACUCAGAUGCUCAAGCGGGCUCAUGACUGCCGGAAGACGGCAGAGAAUGCUGCCAAAGCCCUGCUCAUGAAGCUGGAUGGCAGCUGCGGGGGAGCCUUUGCCGUGGCCGGCUGCAGCGUGCAGCCCUGGGAGAGCCUGUCCUCCAACAGCCACACCAGUACAACCAGCUCCACAGCCAGUAGCUGUGAUACCGAGUUCACUAAGGAAGACGAGCAGAGGCUGAAGGAUUACAUCCAGCAGCUCAAGAAUGACAGGGCUGCCGUCAAGCUGACCAUGCUGGAGCUGGAGAGCAUCCACAUUGACCCCCUCAGUUAUGACGUCAAGCCUCGGGGAGACAACCAGAGGCUGGACCUAGAGAACGCCGUGCUGAUGCAGGAGCUGAUGGCCAUGAAGGAGGAGAUGGCAGAGCUGAAGGCCCAGCUCUACCUGCUGGAGAAAGAGAAGAAGGCUCUGGAGCUGAAGCUGAGCACCCGAGAGGCCCAGGAGCAGGCCUACUUGGUGCACAUCGAGCACCUGAAGUCUGAGGUGGAGGAGCAGAAGGAGCAGCGGAUGCGGUCCCUCAGCUCCACCAGCAGCGGCAGCAAGGACAAGUCUGGCAAGGAGUGUGCUGAUGCUACCUCCCCAGCUCUGUCCCUGGCUGAGCUCAGGACGGCAUGCAACGAGAGUGAGCUGGCUGCGGAGUUCACCAAUGCCAUCCGCCGAGAAAAGAAGUUGAAGGCCAGAGUACAAGAGCUGGUGAGCGCCUUGGAAAGACUCACCAAGAGCAGUGAGAUCAGACACCAGCAAUCAGCAGAGUUUGUUAAUGACCUAAAACGGGCCAACAGCAACCUAGUGGCUGCCUAUGAGAAAGCAAAGAAGAAGCAUCAAAACAAACUGAAGAAGUUGGAGUCUCAGAUGAUGGCCAUGGUGGAAAGACAUGAGACCCAAGUGAGGAUGCUCAAGCAAAGAAUAGCUCUGCUGGAGGAGGAGAACUCGAGGCCACACACCAAUGAAACUUCACUCUAACAGGCUUUCAGGCAUCAAAGUUCUGCCUGUAGAAGUUAAACUAUAGCAGGCCACUAAGGGGAGAAGGGCCCUUGGGGGCAGAGUACCUAUUGGGAGAAUCAGAAAAGGGAAGGUUGGCAGGUAGGUCAGCACUUGGACAGUAGAGUGCCAUAGACUCAGCCCCUUGGGGCGAGCGGCCCUGAUGACACUGUGUGGACUGUAUGUAGAGAGGAUGCUGUUUCUCCCCUCCCAGGCCCACAGAUGGUAUGUAAAUACAUGUUCUGUGUGCCAUGCUUAGCAGUAGUACCUUGUUUUUGCUUUCAGCACUCAUGUUCUCAUUCUCCUUGUGUUUUCAAGAGACUGUGCAUCAGUGGGAUCCCAGCCAUUUGUUUUAUAGGAUUUUCCUUUUUUUCUCUCUUCUCAUUCUGUAGACAAUGGGUUUAUCUUCUGGCAUCCUCAAAUUCUCCUCUUUGCUCCUUCAGGGCAAAACUCUGACACGCGCGCACACACCCACACACAGGGUGACUCCGGCAUUUAAUAGAACUGCUGAUUUUCUUACUGCAGCAAGGCUUUGGUUUUCAAGUUCCAUGUAUCAACUACAAGAUACAAGCUGUCCUGGAGUUUCAGAUCACAGGGAGAUAGAUAGUCCAUGGUGUCUUUAAAUUCCCAGAUAUGUUGAAGUUACAAGUACUGCAGCCCCAGCCUGAACAGUUUUGUAUUGAGAAAAUAAAAUCUUCCUUCACCUUUCAUGUUGGAGGCAAGGGCUGCAAAGGGAACUCUUUUGAGUCUGGGUUUUUUCCUUCCCAGCAGAGUCAAGAAUUAGAAUCCCACUGACAGGUACAAUGGAACUAAAGUUUUACCAGGAGUUUCCUCAAAAGCAGAGAAGCAUUUUUUAGCACUUUUCCCCCCAGCCCAGGGCACUACAUUAAUUGCUAUUUUGUAUGAAUCAAAACUUAUCCACAUGAAUACAUACGUAGCUCUGGACCUGUCUCUGAGAGAAAAAGACAGACAGACUGUGCCUUGUCAGACAUGGAGUAGGUACUGGAUGUUCUGCAAGGCUAGUCCUACCUAUUUAAAAGAUUGCUGCUGAUCCCAAUUCAAGACUUUGCCCCUUCCAGCAUGAAGGAAGGGGGCAGGCGAUGAGGAGGGAAUGGUGGUGGAGGCAGUGGUUGUUAGCUGUCAUCUGGCCCGACUCAUAGCGUCCUUACGCAAAGCAGAACGAAACUGGACCAUCUUCACAGUCAUUGGUAUGUUUGAGCCCACCGUAUCAAUCCAUCUCAUCGAGGAUUUCCCUCAUUUUUGAUGACCCUCUACUUUACCAAACAUGAUGUCCUUUUCUAGAAUGAUUGUUAAGGCCUCCUUCCCCCCCCGCCCCCGAGACAUGGUGAUGGUUAGAUUAUGGUGUUUCAACAGGUUAAAUUUCAAGCAAAAUGCUGACGAGGCUAGGCAGGACCAAAGUACCUGAACUGCUUUCAGGAGGGCCCUCUGUCGUAAAAUAAAUCCAUUAUUCCUUUUCUACUGUAGCCUUCUCUAUCAUCCUCUCCCUUCUUUCAGUUCUUUUGUAGCUGCCCUACACUGACAACGUUUUAAAGGACCACUUGCAAUUUAUUCUGUAGCACCUGAGGACUACCCAAAGUCCCCUACGAGAAAUAUCCAAAUGCCACAGUGAACUACAAAUUAAAGUUUUUUGCUUAUGACCAGUCCCUGAGUUAGAGUCCCCAUGUCCAUGAGCUAAAGGUUUGUUCUGAGAGUGUGUGUAUGAUACAAGUUCCUCAGCCUUCUACGCAAUGGGGAAGGCUACGCCAGCCACCACCUAGGAGGAGCGGAGGCUUUCUAUCCCAAAAGCAAUCACCUUUUUUUUUUGCCUCAGGCUAGCAGUGAGGCCGCCCUGUAUCCAAAAAAGUCAACUAGCACCAGUCUGGAAGGACCAGCUUUUGAGUACUCUGAUCACUGGGAAAAUGCCCACUGUCUGUCUUCUGUUUGUUUGAAUCCCACUGUCUGUCUUCUGUUUGUUUGAAUCUAUCAUUUAGUCAAAGUUGGUUGUAGUAAGCAAUUUUUUUUUUUAAAUCAAUUUUUACUCUUUGGAUAAAUUUGCAUUUUAUCAUGAGGAAAAUGUUUUGGCUAUAGUAUGCACAAAUUUUUUUUUCCGUAGAUGAAAUAACAGUUUACACCAUUUUCCCAGCUUGCUUAGGGCCUGCCCUUGAGCAAACUGGGAUGUGCACAGUGGUGAACUGUUCACAGCUUUCUCUUUCGUGACUGAACAAGCAUCCAAAUGGACAGUUUUCCAUUUUUAUCAACAGUACAUGAAAAAUGUGGCUGAAGCAGGAAUAAAAUUCUGCCUGCUGACCUUUGCCUACCAUUUUUGCUCCAAGUUAAAACAGAAGACCCACCCUUAUAGGGUCAUAUAACUCCUCCAGACAUGAGAGGCUCCUCCAACCUGGGCCCCAGUAUUACUCAUCCUACCUGGCCUUAUUUUGAGUUUAUACUUCAACCUAAUGCUUUUAAAUAUGUGGUGACUGGGUGAAAACUAUUUCCCAGGUGAAAGUGUUACAUUUAUAAAUGUGUAGAAUAAAAGAUCUAUAAAAUGGUUUCUUUCUUUUCCUUGGAUAUUUCAAAUACUUCUAAGGCCUGAUCCCUGCCGAAGGUGAAGCAAUAGGCACUUGGUUAUGCUAAUUGUGGGGGGGGGGGUGGCGCAGUCUACUGAAAGUGCAUUGAUUAAAUAAAAGACUGCAGGUGCCUGGGUAAUGUAAUUCUUUUUGUGUAAGCUGGCUCUAUCUGAAUUUUUUCUCUAAACAGAAGCUGGUUUACAUUAACAUCUCCCUCAAGGGCAAAUAAUAGUCUUGAUUCUAACUUGUAUGAAGUUAAAAACCUCAGACUUUCAUAUUUUUAAUUGUCUUCUUUCAGUUUCCUCAGUGGUUACCCUUUAAGGCAAUCACCUUCUCUGUUCAGCCUUCGGCUCUUGGUGAAAUGGGCAAGAGGAGAAAGGACUAAUUUCAGUUCCCUUGGAGUGUAUUUUCCACUGCUGAACUGUGCUAAAUUGAGGCAAGCUAAAUGGACUGAGGCAAAAGUCACAGGCUAAAGAGACUACCUUGCCAAUGGAGGUAAUUAAUUAUUAACAUUCAGGCUUAUCUGCUGGUAUGUCAGGUUUCUGAAGAUUAAUAUCCAUGCUGCCUAAGACUGGAAUGUUAAUAAAAAAUUAAGUACCAGUUAAACAUAAUUGCUUAAUCGUCCUUUCAUAUGCAUGUACUUCUAAGUCCUCCUCUGAGCCUGCAGCCAUACUUUACAGGGAUCUCAGAAAUUUCUAAAUUAGAGCCUUGACAUGCAGUCCAACUUAAAGCCUAUGGGCUUUUUCUUAAAAACUGUUAGGAGUAGUAAGGAUUUUACUACUCUGAGGAAAACCUGAAACCCUUUAAGUCUCCUAGUUGCAUACAGAUUACCUGAUCAGGGCUGGACUGCCUAUGCUAUUGGCAUGAAUUCAGAAUGUUUCCUAUAGCCCAAAAAUUAUCCAGCCAUUAUUUUUUAAUUAGCUCUCAAGAAUUUGGGGUUAAUGCUGACAUGCUUAUGUUUUAAAUGAAAUGAUAUGACAUCAAGACUACAGAAAACAUCAAAACUGCCCUUAAUGACUUCUGAAAGUGUCCUUUCCUCCGUAAGUUUAAACUAUUUGCAAAUAUCUAAUAGGGAGUAUGACUCAUCCAGUCUACAUAUAGAAUUAUUUAAAAUGAAAAAAUCAUGUGUAAUAAGUUCACAGCUGUACCUACUUCAAGAGGUAGUAAACAGAUCUGUGAAGAGAGCCCCCAAAGGAGAAAAACUUCUCUGGCUGCAAUUUGUGGAGCCAUAGGGUUGCCAAGGAAUUUUCUGUUUUGGGUUGGGGAAGGAGGGACGUAAGUAACAUUUACAUGUUGUUUUCCGCAUUAGGUAAAAGUGUUGUAGAAUAACUAUAAAAUAUCCUGGGAAAAAGAAAAAAAUCACAGCAACUGUUUUCCUGUUUAAACAAUGGAACGGUGUAUUUGACACAGAAUGAUAUGGUCACCACCUUUUAAUAAGGCUUGCUAAUUGUGUCCAGAAGCUGGGUACUAACUUGUAGAAGAGGUAUAGCUUACUACACAACAAAAAUUACACCUCUGCUGCACAAACAGUUUUUAGUUAAUUAAAACUGUGUUUAUAUAGACCAGAUUAAGGUUAGCUCUGAACCUGUGGCCUAAUGAAGUAACUCGUUUCACUAAAAAAUACAAGCCUUCGGGUGCCAGGCACUGACUUGAGAGCUGGAAUCAGAAUUAUCAAUGUAAUGCUGGCUGCUGGAGACACAGCACCACUGGGCACGCAGUGGCUGUUAUAAAAUAUAAACAUGUAGAAAAGGGUACAAGCUGAACAGCAACUGUUAUGUUACAUGCAUUCUUGUGCUAAUAAUACAGUACCAGAGGAAAAUAGUUCACAUGCAGACCAUGACAUUUUUGGUUAAGAUUUCUAUUGUAUAAAUUCUCUAUCACAUUGCAUCUGAGUGAGAAAAAUCCUUCUAUCCCAGUUAACACAAUUACUGUUGGAUAAUCACAUCCUUGACCAGUAAUACAUGGUCAAGGCAGUACCAAUCAUUCAUCUGUUAAUCAUCUAUCAGCUCAGCAGAACAGAGCAAGCUACAUAAAAAAUCUCCCACAUGAACGCUGAUGCCCUGCUUUAGUCGUUCUUGCCCUCCAUCCACUUUUGCACUUUUUGCAAAUCAAACCUAUGUGGAAAACUGUUCGGUUUGUAGAACUUGCAUAGUAUCCACUUGUGCUCAUGGCAGGACUGCCAAGUGAAUGAGAGCCCCUAAUACUCUGCUUUUAUUUGAACCUAAUACACAAACAGAAUGAAAUAUGUUAACUUUUUUUUUUCUCGUUCUAAUCAGUUUUUAGAUACUUUGUCAAGAUUUAUUUACUCUGCAUGAGAUUUAGGUUUCUUAUUAUUUGAAAAUGUGCUACUUUUAUACCACUCGAAUUAGAAAAACCAGCUUGAAUGUACUGUCACUUAUUAAAGCACAUGUGACUAAGUCUGCAUUUGUCAGUAUUGUUCUACUGUUUGUACUGAACGUCUAAGCUGUCACUUAACACUGUACUUAAACCUUGUAAUUUUUUAGAUUCUUCACUUAUAUGGCUUUAAAUGUUUCCAGAUGCCUUUAGUUUUAGCUGCUGUAAAAUAGCUACUUUGUGUUAUUUGAUAUAGAAUUGUUUAAAAAAAUUCCAUUUAUUUAUACAGAGACAUUUAUAAUAUUUUACAAACGUUCUUAUAUUCUGAAUAAAUAUUUCUAAUGCCAUGAUGUACUUUAACUGUGUUAACGGUAAAGCUGAUUUCUGUAAGACUAUUUGUCUAACAUGGAAAUAUCAAACCUGUGAUGCUUCACAUUAAAGCAGGAGAGUCCUAAGUGGCACUAACGGUUAACACGCUUGGCUGCUAACCAAAACGUUAGAGGCUGCAGUACACCAAACACACCUCGGAACAAAGGCAUGGUGAUCUAAUUCCACAAAAUUGGCCACUGAAAACCUUAUGGAGCACGCUUCUACUCUGACACACACAGGGUCACCAUGAGUUAGAAUUACCUCCACGGCAACUGCGGAAAGGAAAAAAAAAAAAAAAAAAUUCAAGCAGAGGCCCAGAAGUUAAGAUUAUAUUAAGUCCAACAGCCAAAGAGACCUCAUUUAUUGCCAAUUUUUAUUUGGUUUCAUUCUCACAAUUUGCCAUAAAUGGGAAGUUAGCUACUGAAGGGUCUUUUUCCUUUCUAAGAGUGGCUCAAACAGGGACUAAAAUCAAGAAUUAGAAGCGCAAGAAAGUCAUCUGACUACAAGAAAAGGAUGGCAAGCAGCUUUGCAACAUGUACCAUUGGUAAUAAGAGUAUAAUACCUUGGUCACUUUUUUUUUUAAUGUAAAAACUGCUA